CGAAAUAAACACCUCCCACGGCUCCAAUUCCAUCGCAAAGUUUGGUAAAACUGCAAUAAUUUAUCUCCGGUUCGUUGAUGUUUUAUUAGCUUUUGUCCAACUACUAGUUGAUUUUAGUGCUGUGUUUGGAAGCUCUCUCUCUUUUCCUCUCCAUCUUCCCUCACUUUCCCUUCUUUCAAACACCUUACAAGGCCCGUCACUUUAUCUACCAAAACCUAGGAAUCCUAUAUCACCAUGUCCAUAGUUGAGCAUGUGGUUCUUUUCAAGGUCAAAGAUGACACAGACCAGGGAAAGGUCAACGUGAUGCUUAACAACCUCAAUGGCUUGGUCUGCCUUGAUCCCGUCCUGCACCUCACUGCCGGUCCUGUCAUUCGCAUAAAAUCUCCGGUCUCCAAUUUCACCCACAUGCUCCAUGGCCGAUACAAAUCCAAAGAGGAUUUGAACGCAUACGGCGUACAUCCUGAUCACCAGCGUGUAGUCAAGGAAAAUGUCGUUCCUAUUUGUGAUGAUAUUAUGGCUGUUGAUUGGGUAGCUGAUAAUGAUCCCACCCCCCUGUCCCCGCCCCCCGGUUCUGCCAUCAAAGUAACCUUGUUGAAACUCAAAGAGAAGGUUCAGAAUGAAGUGCGAGGUGAGAUUGUAGGGGAAAUCAAAGGGAUAUCUGGUGUUCAACAGAUAACUUGCGGGGAGAAUUUCUCAGCAAGAGCUAAGGGCUUUUCACUUGCCUCGCUCGCUGUUUUUGCUGGAGUUGAAGAAAUGGAGGCAGCAGUGGGAAGGGAAGAGUACGCCAACCUACAGAAGCAAAAUAUCAGGGACAAUUUAGAUGGUGUCGUUGUUGUCGAUUAUGUGGUGCCAACAUCGUCACCAUAGAUUAACCACAGAGAGAAUCGUGUUACUUGAAACAAUAUGCAAGCAUUGAAUAAUAAUUAUGAGACGAAUCAAGCUUUGAGAUUA